AUGGCCGACACCACAUACACCCCACAUCACCACUCCUGUUACGACCCAUUCACGCUUACCCAGAUACCAAAUAUUGAUCCCGAUUUUCUCGCAUCAGCAUUCACAUGGUCCCAAUACACCCAUAUACCACUAAUCGACACAUCGCAAAUCCCGCCUCCACCAUUUAGAAUGCCUGAAACAUACCUGGAAUACCUUCACAUAUCCAGCCACUUCUUACACCUUGAUACCAUGCCAAGCACACGAGACCACGACGCACAGUGCUUACAACAGCAGGAAUAUACUAUCGAUGUGCACCCGACCGAUCCGCCAUCUUCAUUCCCAUAUCGCCAGAAUAGGCAUCCAUUCCACCCGGAUGUGGUAAUAGAACGACAUGCGGAUGAAAUGUUUUGUGCGUCGCUUUUUAGUAGUGCUAGUAGUGAUACCGGGUCGUGUACUAGCCCGAAUUCGAUCAUGGACGAGUAUAUGUCGCUGCUGCCGUCUCCUCCUAUAUCGCCUGAAGGGGCUGGUGAAUGUGAGGAACAUACUACACGAGUUACAAGCAGGAAGGCAGCUGUUAUCACGCCAAGAAGAUCAAAGAGACCUGCUAGAACAUCCAAAAAGGUGCAAGACAUAAAACAGGAGGAGAUCGAUACCGUUGCUCCCUGCCACGUCACUGGCAAACAACCAGCCAGUGAUACCGAAUCUGAAGCAGAGGAACAUAGCGAUGACGAUUAUAAAGACAGUCGUCGUCGUACCUCCAAUAAUCUCUCAUCUCCACCUGCCACACCACGCCCCAUCAACACCACUGCUAAAACGACAUUCACAAGAUUCAAACGCUCAAAAGUCAAACAGGAACAUCAUUAUGAUGAUGAUAUUAUAGUGGCAAAGGUGAUUGUCGAUGACGAAGCAGCAAACGAAGCAAUAGCAGACCUGAUGAAGAAUAUCGGCAAACCACGAAACUUCAAGAUACCACAAUUCAAGUGUGCUUUUAAGGGAUGUGAAAAGGUGUUUACAAGGCAGUAUAACUUGAGGAGUCAUAUGAAGUUGCAUACUGGAGAAUUACUAUUCAACUGCCAAUACUGCUCUUCCAAAUUCGUUCGCGGACAUGAUGUUCGUCGACACGAGAGACUACAUACAAAUGAACGACCGUUUGUGUGUCCGAGAUGCGGGAAGGGGUUUUCGAGAUCUGAUGCGUUGAAGAGGCACAUCAAGGUUGAAGAAUCGUAG